AUGAGCAUCGACGACUGUGAAGUUUUGAUUGUCGGAGCUGGCCCUGUCGGGUUCCUACUUGGUCUCAUGCUCCAGGCCAAGGGCAUCAACGUCAAACUUGUUGAGCGUCAGAAGGCUCUGUACCCUCUUCCCCGGGCUGUUGCGCUGGACCAUGAGUCUCGUAGGCUCAUCGGCACCCUGGGCCUGUCGAAGGAGCUGGAGCCGUUCCUGCAGAACAUCUGUUUCGAGGGCGGUGAGAACGGCACCAACUACCUCUGGAGAGAUGCCGAUCUCAAGAUGGUUGUCGAUCUCUUCUUCGAGGAGGCCACGCGCUCUGGCUUUGCCAGCCAAGUGGCAUUCUGCCAGCCGGAGCUGGAAGCCGUCUUCAACAAAGCGGCCAUUGACCGCAAGCUCCCUGUUCUCAGGGGUUACACCGUUUCCGCCCUCCACGAGCGGGGAGAUAAGGUAGAGGUGUCCCUUGACGCUGUCAUCAUGAAGCAAGGGAUGACGACCAUUGAGGACCGCGACUUCACCCAACAGCUUGAUACCACCGCCAACGGCGCCUCACACAUUCAGAUCAGCGCAUCAUAUGUGAUUGGGUGUGACGGAGCCAACUCUACUGUGCGCCGUCUGAUGGGUUUCCCCACCACCGACCUCAACUUCGAGAACGACUGGCUGGUAGUUGAUCUGAUGCUUCGCGACGGAUACGUCCCGCCUCGCGUUGCAAAGAUUGGCUGCUGUCAAGUAUGCGAUCCCAAGCGUCCCACCACUAUCGUCAAUGGGGGCCACGGCCGCAAGCGCUUUGAGUACAUGCGCCUGGAGAACGAGACGAAGGAGGAGCUGCUACAGGAUGACAAGAUCUGGCCGUUGCUCGCACCAUGGGGUUUUAACAAGGACAACUGCGACCUCGAGCGCAAGGUCAUCUACACUUUCCGUGCACGCUGGGCAAACGAAGCCAACAUGGGCCGUGUACUCUUGGCAGGUGACGCCCUCCACCUCAUGCCACCCUUCAUGGGUCAGGGCCUCAACUCCGGCUUGCGUGAUGCCGGAGCGUUGGCGUGGAGGCUGCCGCUCAUGCUCUCGGGAGUUGCCAAGCCCGAGGCACUCCUGAACAGUUAUGGGAAGGAACGUCUUGAGCACGUACAGUGGCUCACCAUCCACUCGGUGAAACUCGGUGAGGUGGUUUGCGAAACAGACCCCAUCAAGUCCAAGGAGAUGCACGCGGCCUUGCGCAAGAACCCACCCCCUCAGCUUUACAACCCACCUCUUGGAAAGCCGGGAAUCCUGACCGACCAGAAGGAGGCGGGUGAACUGUCGCUCCAGCGCCCGCUCAAGGUGCUCCUGGGUGUCGAGGACCAGCCGUUGUUUGAUGCCGUGCACGGCUACGGUUGGGUCUUGCUGAAUCUGGGAGACAGCUCAGUGGAUAGUAAACUCUCUCGCGAGUCGCGUCAGUUCUUCACCGACGUUCUGGGAGGCAAGUGUAUCUCCAUUUCGUCGAGCCAGGACUAUCACGGCGAGUACCAUGCGUGGUUCGGUAACCGCAUGGGAUUGGACCAUGUUGUCCUUAUCCGACCCGACUUCUACGUCUUUGGACAUGUCACCACCGACAAGGUCGACGAGUUGGUCCAAGAACUCCGUACCAAGAUGGGCGCUCAGUAG